AUUCGGUCCGUACAUAUUCAUUAAGAAAGUGUUUGUUUAUUUGCAGCAGUGCUUUUGCGGUUUUGUUUAACGUUGCUGUUUUUUUUAAAGAUACAGACUCACUCUUUAAACAGCCUUGAAUUCUGAAUAACGGUGGAUUCGUCGCUUUGGUCCAAAAUAUGUGCUUUCAUGCAAAAUGCGGAUAUCAAGAUCUUAAGUACAGCCUACUCAAAGAAAAGUAUGCAAAAAAAAUCAAGGAAUGGCUGUUGAUCCAGUAAUCAUUUUAAACGAAUGCUCUUUACGCGCGACUCUGGGCAUGCUGCAGUUUCGAGGAGAGUACAAAUUAAGUUGUGAAAAUGAGUAAUGGACCACAAGAUCUCUGACCCUUUACAUAACCCACGAGUGCAAUAGGAAUUUUACUCUAUAGUCAAGUGCAAUUAUUUUGACAUGGACAAUGGAUAAUAUAAGAAUUGCAGUAAAUGGUGUUUCUUUUAACGAGACAGCCGAGAUCUACAAACCACACGCUGAUCCGUUCACUGGUCCAAUAACACAUCUUGCACCUUGGAAUUUCGCAGUUUUGGCUACGUUGAUGUUUGUUGUAACAUCUCUGUCUCUCUUUGAAAAUUUUACUGUUAUGUUGGCCACUUACAAGUUCAAACAGCUGAGACAGCCCUUAAAUUAUAUCAUUGUUAAUUUAUCUGUCGCUGAUUUCCUCGUGUCACUCACCGGUGGAACAAUAAGUUUUCUAACAAAUGCCAAAGGGUAUUUUUUUCUUGGAAAUUGGGCUUGCAUAUUGGAAGGUUUUGCUGUCACCUAUUUCGGGAUUGUGGCUCUGUGGUCCCUGGCAGUCCUGUCAUUCGAGCGUUUCUUUGUGAUCUGCCGGCCUCUGGGGAAUGUUCGUCUUAGGGGGAAGCAUGCGGCAAUGGGCCUGCUGUUUGUCUGGACCUUCUCCUUCAUCUGGACGAUCCCUCCUGUGUUCGGCUGGUGCAGCUACACGGUCAGCAAGAUCGGCACCACCUGCGAGCCAAACUGGUACUCCAACAACAUUUCAAAUCACAUCUACAUAAUCACCUUCUUUGUGACCUGCUUCAUAAUGCCCCUGGGGGUGAUCAUCUACUGCUAUGGGAAGCUCCUACAGAAGCUGAGAAAGGUGUCCCAUGGCAGGCUGGGUAACGCCAAGAAACCGGAGCGUCAGGUGACACGUAUGGUGGUGGUGAUGAUUGUGGCUUUCAUGGUGGGCUGGACACCCUACGCAGCCUUCUCCAUCAUUGUCACAGCCUGUCCCACCAUCUACCUGGACCCCAGACUUGCUGCUGCACCCGCUUUCUUCUCCAAGACGGCCGCAGUCUACAACCCAGUCAUCUACGUCUUCAUGAACAAACAGUUCAGGAAGUGCCUGAUUCAGCUCUUUACCGGCAAGCCUGCGCCAGAGAACAUGAAUGCAACGUCGGAGCGACUGGGAAUGACGGGGGAGAGCUGCACGGGGGGCGAGAUGUCAGCCAUAGCAGCACGCAUCCCGGUCUGCGGCAACACCCAGCCUAAGAAUGAGGAGGCAUCCCCCAGCAAGUGCAGCUCCUUCGUCCAGCUGCCAAUCCCAGAGAACAAAGUCUGCCCCAUGUAGACCAACAGAAGACUAUCCCACCCCUGAACUCUCCUCCAGUCCUCACUGCCUUUUCAUCCUCCCCUUCCAUUGCUAUGCAGAUGCGUCUUCUCUUAUCCACCAACUUCUUGUGGUAUGUGUUAGUUUAAAGAUGCCAGGUGUAACCACAAGGGUUCCCUGGUUGACUUGUUAUGUAUUAGUAGACAUGGAGGGAAACCGUAACACAAAAGAGGGACAUAAUGCUUUCAUGUAUGGCAAGCAGCCAGAUCACCCUGACUGCAUCUAUCUGCUGAAAGUCAUCUGAGGCUAAGCAGGGUCAGGCCUGAUUGAUCUCUGGGGUAGGAGACCAGAUGCUGUUGGAAAUUGUGUUAGAGUGCCAGUAGGGGGCAUUCUUCCCUCCUCAAUACCUUAGUCCAUCCUUUCUGUGGACACUGCUCCACAAAGGAUUCCCUUAUCCCUCAUACCACCAAUAUAUUUCACAGACAUGGAUUACCAACUGGGGUAAUUUUGACCCCAAGAAGAAACUAUUGGAAAAAGCAACAAUCAUAGCAAAAUAUCAAAUUAAUUAUUAUCAAAACAUCAUUAGAUAUGUAAAUAAAAUAAAUACUUAUUUUCACAUAAUUACAGGUAAUUUGCAUAUUCUAGAAAACAAGAAUAUACAUUUCACAAUAAUGUGCAGCUCUUUUCCAAAAUACAAUCCACAAGUACUAUUAAGCCAAUUUACCGUCAUUUGAUUGUGUUAUCAUUUCGUUUUUAGAAUGUUGAUGUAAAUAUACAUUUAGUCUUAUUUGGUAAAAAUGACUGGCAUUUUAAAGGGGCAGUACACCAACAUUUGAAAUAUUCUUAAUUUUAAAAAGUGAUUAAUCCAUUGAACCUGUGAGACAAUGACCAACAAUAUGGCUUCUUUUUCUUUAUUUUCUUACCCCAAAGCCAGCAUGAGCAUCGUUGCUAGUGAAACAAUGGCAGUGGUAGGGCCUAUGGCUGUAGGCUUCAGAAAGCAUGCCCAAAUCUUCAGUCACUUCAAACCAAAUGUUAUAGCAACCCAAAUACCAUAACAAGUUGCACAUCUAGAAUAUUGGAGGAUUUUAUAGGAAUUCAUGUAUUUAUAUAACACUUCCCGUAGAAUUACUAUUUUUCAAAGAACACACAGCAAUACAACACUAUAUGUACAUUUAGAGGGUAGCUGGUUUCUGUAUUACAGUUCUACAAAGUAUUCAUUCUGACGUACUUUCAAUGAGCUGUUUUGACUGCAACUAAGCAUAUACAGUGGGGCAAAAAAGUAUUUAGUCAGCCACCAAUUGUGCAAGUUCUCCAACUUAAAAAGAUGAGAGAGGCCUGUAAAUGUUCAUCAUAGGUACACUUCAA